UGUUUGGCUAGUAAGGGCUCUAAAUUAACACCAGCCAACUGGCCAAAUGCUGGUAAAAUUUCAAUUUAGCUGGUAGAGACGACCAACUUACUGACCACUUUGACCCAUUAGUGGGUGUGUGUUUGGCUAGUAAGAUUUACAUCUACUACUACUACUACUACUAGUCAUUUUGGCUAAUUUAGGGCCCUGACUGCAAGGAUGAAGUCCAAAGGGAAGGCCAGCAAGCGGAGCCAGCGCCACCACCAGCAGCAGGUGCACCAGGCAGCCUGGAGCGAGUCGGACCAGGACCUCCAGCUGGAGACCGAGCCCGAGCCGUGCUCCAGCGAGCAGGAAGGCUCCGAGGCCUCUGUGGCCCUGGGCAGCUCCUGGAGAUCCCGGCACCGGCGCCGCGGAACCGGACGCCGCCGUCGAACCACCAGCAGCAGCGGCGGCAGCGGAAGCGGCGGAAUGGGCGACGGAGGUCACGAAGGUCAUCAUCCGGCGUCGCCGUCGCCGGGCGUCACCAGGGCCGGCUCCCGUCACCACCACCGUCGCCGCCGGCAACACGGCAGCAGCGCCAAGGAGCGCAACGUGCGCCGGCUGGAGAGCAACGAGCGCGAGCGCCAGCGCAUGCACAAGCUCAACAACGCCUUCCAGGCGCUGCGCGAGUCCAUCCCGCACGUGCGCACCGACAAGAAGCUGUCCAAGAUCGAGACGCUCACGCUGGCCAAGAACUACAUCAAGUCCCUGACCACCAUCAUCCUGGGCAUGUCCACCGCAGCGGCGGCGGCGGGCGGAUGCCGUGGGUCGGGGGACGGCGCGGACGAGGCCACAGCAGCUGCGGCCGCGGCGACGACGGCAUCAAGACUCCUGCAGUGCUGCCAGCAGAGCCUGAAGGAUGAGGACGAGGAGAGUCUGACCAAGUACCUGACGCAGAUCCACAGCUUCAGCCAGGGAAGUUAGCACCCCCUCGUGCAGAGAGCGGAGGAGAGUGGGAGGGGGAAGUGUUGGGGUGGGAGGGGAGUGUUGGUAUACUGUAUGUGGGAUGCC